AUGGAACUCUCCCUUGAGGAGAUCGAAGUGGCGGCAGAAAAAGAUGAGGAACUGAUAAAGGUUAUUGAAGCUUUGAAGUAUAAUAUAUGGCCUCGCGAAUUAAGGAAAUUUGAAGCACAGAAGAGUAAUCUCCACUACCUCGGUUCAUUGAUUUGCAGAAACGAUAAAAUCGUUCUACCAAGUUGCUUGCGAAGAAAGGCAAUGGAGUCAGCGCAUGGCGGACAUGUGGGAGAAGUCGCCAUGAAAAGAAUCAUGCGCGAGUUCUUUUGGUGGCCACGAAUGGCUUCAGAAACUGAACAGUUUGUGAAGGACUGUCAAACUUGUUGCAUGCUGUCGCGUAGAAAUCCUCCACUACCUUUUUCAUCACGCGAUCUUCCGGAUGGUCCAUGGGAAAUAGUUCAAACAGAUUUUCUUUCCAUUCCUGGCUAUGGGUCAGGAGACUUUUUAACUGUAGUGGACACCUACUCACGUUAUCUCUUCGUCGUUGAGAUGAGACGUAAAACCGCGGAAGCUACCAAUGCGGCGUUGUGUGACAUAUUUAAGCUUUGGGGAUGUCCACGCAUCUUGCAGAGCGACAACGGGCCUCCAUUUAACAGUUCGACGUUCUGUUCUUACUGGGAGAACAAGGGCGUAAAAGUAAGGAAGUCUAUUCCUAUGAGCCCUCAGUCGAAUGGACUUGUGGAACGACAGAACCAGUCACUAGUCAAAGCGGUAUCAGCAUCCACAAUUGAUGGUUCCAAUUGGAGAACGAGUUUAGAAACAUAUGUCCAUAACCAUAACACGUUAAUUCCCCAUGCGAGACUAAAGGUGACACCAUUCGAACUGUUGGUUGGGUUCAAGUACCGAGGACAGUUUCCCAGUCUUUGGAAUCAGCCCAAAGAAUUAGAUCGGGAAAAUAUACGCGAGAUCGAUGCAGAAACCAAACUUUACAGCAAGCAAUAUGCAGAUCAGGCACGCGGAGCAAAGGAGUGCCCUAUUAAAGUUGGGGAUAUCGUGCUAGUAAGUCAACAGAAAAAAUGCAAAAGUGAUCCGACUUUCUCAUCUGAACGGUACACGGUAGUUGCAAGGACAGGAGCAAAAAUUGUCGUAAUAAGUGCUAAUGGGGUGCAAUAUGCCAGAAACGUACAGGAUGUAAAACUAGCCCCACCGGCAAAGGAGGUAUCCAGUACGCAGGACAAGGAAACCGACAGCGAAAACUCUGCAGGCAAUAGCGAAUUGACAAUAACUUCGAAAGACAACUCGGAAAAGCACUCCCAUACCGAUAUGGAACCGGAGAAUAGGGUCACACUACGUCAGCGCUCAAGUAUAAAACGACCAGAAAAAUUCAAUGACAUGUACAUAUAUCAUAUUUAUCAAUGA